AUGGAUACGCAAUGGGACGAAGAGGUCGCUGGACUGUUAACAGACUUGUCCUCGACUCAAUCGCGAUUGCUAGAAGUGCUGGCGGAAAAGCGCGAGCUGCUGCUAUCGGCCAAUCACGAGGGGCUCGCGACGAUUGCCGACCGCGAACGCGAAAUCAUCGGCGAACUCGAGGCCUGUAGCGAUCGUCGUAAAGCGUUGCUAGGGCAGGCCGAAGAGCAGGGAUUGCCCUCAGACAGCUUACGUUCGCUGGCUGCUGUCAUUCCGGCCAAAGACCAAAAACAACUGGUGGGCCAGUUCCACCAGGCCGCCACGCAGACGCGAAUUCUGCAACAUCAGAGCCUGGCCAAUUGGGUGCUAGUACAACGAUCCAUCGUCCAUCUUUCCCAGCUCCUGGAGAUUAUUGCUACGGGAGGGCGCAGUAAGCCGACAUAUGGUAAGGGCGAAACCAGCGGUUCCAACGGCUCUCUGAUCGAUCAGGAGGUGGUGUUCACCCCUGCGCCCACGCAGAAAGUGGGCAACCUGCUGUUCGGCCUCGGGGUCGAUGUUCAGGGCGUUGUGCAGAAGGUGGACAAGUUUCUCGAGGAACGUCUCCGCACGGCUUCGUCCGAUCGCGCCAACAGCGAAGCCAAAGAGAAUACCUGGUUUCAGCUUGAAGGGCUGAUUGGCGAACUCAGCGAUACCGACCUGAGCACCGCCCUGAAUGAUUUCAUCAGCAGCAUUAACGAAGUGCUCAAUCAGCCCGAGAGCGUCUCGGUGCGAAACCUGGCCGUGCUGCAAGGGCAGACACUCACCGCCCAAAUCAAUCGUCUCUCCAGCCGUACCACCGAACUUCGGGUCGAUUUGAACGACCGCGUCGAAGGAAGCGUGCAGGACAUCAAUCGACUGAUUGGAGAGAUCCGCGAACUGAACCAGCGGAUUACCGAAACCGAGGGCGGCAACACCUCGGCCAGCGACGCUGUCGGGCUCCGCGAUAAGCGGGGUGUGGCACUGACCGAGCUUUCGGAGUUGAUUUCGAUCCAGGUGGUCGAACAAGCCAGCGGUGCGGUGAAUGUUUACAGCGGCAGCGACUUCCUGGUGUUCGAGGGAACCACCAGACAAGUCCAGGCUACCGAGGUGAACGACCGAGGAUUGACCGUCUCCCAGCUGUCUAUCAAAGAGACCGGUACCCCGCUCGAUCUCUCCAGUGGAAAGGUUGGUGGCUAUGUCUCCGGGCGCGAUGAGAUCUUGGGCAACUUUCAAGAUCAACUCAACGAGUUCACCUCGACGUUUAUUUAUGAGUUCAACCGAGUGUUCUCUUCGGGUCAGGGUCUCACGGGCUACCAAUCGCUGACCAGCGAGUUUGGCGUGGACGAUGUCGAUGCGGCACUCGACGCGGCCGGGCUCGAGUUCACGCCCGAGAAUGGCUCGUUCGAGGUGCAGAUUUUCAAUCGUCAAACCGGUCUGACGGAGACGAGCGAUGUGUUCGUCAAUCUCGACGGGCUCGACGAUGACACGUCGCUGUCGGAUCUCGCUGCGGCCCUUGAUGCCAUCGAUGGUCUUUCGGCGACGAUCGACACCGCGAACCGAUUGCAAAUCACCAGCGACACGCCCGACCAGGAUUUCGCCUUCAGCAACGACACCAGUGGCGUGCUGGCCGCGUUGGGUUUGAAUACGUUUUUUAAGGGCACCGCGGCAGGCGAUGUUGGCGUGAGCCAGGUCCUGGCCGCCGAUCCGGGGAAGUUCGCCGCCAGCGCUAAUGGAAUUGGCACCGACACGACCAAUGCCGUGCAGUUGGCCGGCUUUCUCGAUCGCCCCUUGGAAACGGCCAACGGGACGACCAUCACCGAUCUUUACGAUCGCCUGUCGGGCGAGACCACGCAGAACGCAGCAGUCGCUCGAGCAGUGGCCGACGGAUUUCGAGUGUUCGAACAGACCCUCCAGGGCGAUCACCUGGCGAUCAGCGGUGUGAGCAUCGAUGAAGAAACCGUGCGGAUGAUUUCGUAUCAACGCGUAUUUCAAGCCGCCGCGCGUUACAUCUCCGAGCUAAGCGACUUGCUCGACCUGCUCAACACGAUCGCCACUGGUCGACGUGUGGUGGUGCCCAGCGACGAUGCCCCGGCCGCGUUGCGGGGGAUUAGCAUUCAGCGAUUGCUGGAACGUAAAGAACAGGUACGGAUCAACCUGCAGACGAACAACUCGUACUUGAGCGCCACAGACACCGCACUGAGCGAUGUGUCCUCGCUACUGGCCAGCACCCGAGCUACGGCCGUCUCGGUGGUGGGGACGACCUCGACUGAUACCCAGCGUGAAUCGGCGGCCAUUGAAGUCGACCGAUUGAUUCAGCAGUUGAUUGACGUGAGCAACCAGAGCUUUCGUGGGCGAACGCUCUUCUCGGGGUCCAACACAACGGGUGUGUCGUUCAAGUCCUCGGGCAACGGUGUGGUGUAUGAGGGUAACGAACAGAACAUUUUCAGUUAUUCCGACAUCGACGUUCUGUUUGAAACGAACCUGCACGGCGUGGAGGUCUUCGGCGGAUUGUCGCCCGAGGUCGUGGGCAUCGCCGACUUGAACCCCGUCGUCACGGCCAGCACCCGACUGUCGGAUCUGCGUAACGGGGCCGGCAUCAGCAAAGGCGAUGUGGUGCGGCUGCUGGAAGCGAACCCACCACAAGGUCGUUCGGUCGAAGCCUCGAUUACGGCCACGGGGAUCAACGUCGAACUCGAUUCGGCGGGCGGUGGUGGGCUCACCUUAAAGGAAGUGGCCGGCGGAACGACCGUUGCUGAGUUGGGGCUGUUGACCGAAGUGGGAACCGGCACGGGGCCCGUGGUCGGCAAAGACAUCAACCCCCAACUCACGGGCACCACGCGGCUGAGUAACAUCCUGGGCGUUCGUGCAAAAGGUCAGGUGACCUCGCAAGGUAGUAGGAACGAUCUUGUCAUCGAAGCCAACGACCGGGGUGACGAGUUCAACGACGUGACGAUCACCUACGUCGAUGGCGGCCCGUUGACGUUCGGCCUGGAAACGGCCGUCUACGACGACAGCGAUCCGAACAACAAGACGCUGACCGUGACGAUCGCUCAUAACAAAUCGACGGCCAGCCAGGUUCUAACGGCCAUCAACAACCAAACGCCGUUCACGGCAUCGUUGGACCCCAAUGAACUGGAGAACGAUGGCUCGGGCAAAGUUCAGGCCACGGCGAUUGACACCAGCGCGACCGGUGUAACGGCUGGCGGAAGCGGGAUCGAGUUCGAUCAGACCUCGGGGAUUCAAAUUACCAACGGCGGCAACGUUCACGAUAUUAGCUUCACUUCGGCCGAAACGAUCGAGGACCUGCUGAACAUCCUCAAUGGCUCUUCGGCUCAAGUGCUGGCCGAACUGAGCAGCGACGGCAGUGGGAUCAGCAUCCGCAGCCGGCUGAGUGGCUCAGAUUUCUCAAUUGGCGAAAACGGCGGCACCACGGCCACCGAGUUGGGUAUCCGAAGUCUCAAUACCACCACCCGGCUCGAAGACUUGGAUUAUGGUCGUGGAGUGCACACGGUGGAUGAUGCCGAGUUCACGAUCAUCCGCAACGAUGGCGUGGAAUUGGCAAUCGACCUUGAUGGGGCCGCCACGAUUGGCGACGUGCUCGACCUGAUCAACAAUCACGUCGAUAACCCACCGGGAGCUGGACACCUUACGGCCGACUUCGUUGAAGUGGGCAACGGCAUUCGGUUGGUCGAUGACAAUCCCGACGGAACAAACGUACUAUCGAUCCGCCGUGAAAACUUCAGUGAAGCCGCCUGGGACCUGGGCCUCAUUCCCCACGGGCAAGACACAUCCGAUCCGCCCGUGGCUGCGGUAGCCGCCACCGCGACUACGGUGUUUCCCGGAGCGAACAACGAUCUUCUGUUCACCGCGACCGAUCCCGGGACGAUUGGCAAUGACUUUCCGAUCAGCUUCGUCGAUACCGGCGGCGGCCCUGGCUCAGAGAACGUUACGUUUACCACCUCGCCGAAGGGACUCGUCUUCGGAAUCGACCCCGGCACGACCACCGCGGCCGACAUUAUCACGCUGCUGGAGAAUCACCCUCAGGCAAGUCAACGAUUUACGGCGGAACUGGUACCCGGUGAUGGUUCGCCCAACGACGGGUCGAACUUGAUUACCGACCUGACGGUCACCGCAACCACGGCCGACGGAACGCCGGAGAUUCUCAACGGCACCGACACGAAUCCUUCUGAAGCCACGGGUGUGUUCAAUGCACUACUGCGUCUGCGAGACGCGCUGCGUGACAACAACACGCAAGACAUUGAGCGUUCGAUUGAAUUGCUCGACACGGCCAACCUGCAGGUGAAUUUCUCGCGUGCCGAUCUCGGCUCACGGCAGCAGGCUCUCGAGGCCUUGGGCUUACGGCUGGCGGACGAGGAGAUCGAGCUGCGUUCGUCGCUCUCGCUGGAAAUCGACGCCGACCUAACGGAAGCCAUCACCGAUUACACGGCCAAGCAGGUGGCUUUUCAGGCUUCGCUGCAAACCACGGCCCAAAUUCAGUCGCUCACGAGCCCACCAAUGACCGAUUUUUCGCGUCGACGUUUUCUCGAACAGUCGAUGUUCGCCGCAACUGCCGCUCUGACCACCAGCGCCAGCAGUCGUCUCCUCGCCGCUGAGGAAGCUCGCCCCUCGAGCCCCAACGAAAAGUACUCGGUCGCCAUCAUCGGCACCAACGGUCGUGGCCAAAGCCACAUCGGUUCGGUUCUAGGAAAAGAGAACUGCGAAAUCACCUACCUGUGCGAUCCCGAUUCGAACGUCGGCCAGCGUCGCACCGAGUAUGUCGCCGAGAAGCAGGGCAAAGCUCCCAACUUCGUCCAAGACAUGCGGCGCGUGUUUGAAGACGAUUCGGUCGACAUCGUCACCAUCGCCACGCAAAACCACUGGCACGCCUUGGCCGCCAUUUGGGCCAUGCAAGCCGGCAAAGACGUAUACGUCGAGAAGCCGGUGAGCCACAACGUGAGCGAAGGUCGCCGCAUGGUUCAAGUGGCCCGCAAAGAAGGCCGCAUUUGCCAGACGGGAACUCAGAUUCGUUCGAAUCGCGGAACUCAAGAGGCGAUCGACUUCAUUCAUUCGGGCGGGAUCGGCGAUGUGAAGGUUGCCCGAGGCACCUGCUACAAGCGCCGCAACUCGAUCGGCCAUGCGUCGCAACGCGAUGUGCCCUCGGGUGUGGAUUACAACCUGUGGCUUGGCCCAGCACCCGAGCGGCCGUUCACCAAGAACCGCUUCCACUACAACUGGCACUGGCACUGGGACUACGGCAACGGCGACCUGGGGAACCAGGGUAUCCAUCAAAUGGACGUCGCUCGCUGGGGCCUUGGGCUCGAUAACCUCGGCAAGAGCGUCACGGCCUACGGCGGACGUUUCGGUUAUGAAGACGACGGCGAAACGCCCAACACGAUGGUCUCGAUGCACGAUUACGGCGACAAGAUGCUCAUCUUCGAGGUGCGUGGUCUGAAGACCGAUUCGCUUCGUGGUGCCAACGUCGGUAAUGUCUUCUACGGUAGUGAUGGCUACGUAGUGAUGACCGGCUAUGCCACCGGUGCCGCGUUCGAUCUCGACGGGAAGAUGAUCAAGCAGUUCGACGGUGGCGGCGACCACUUUGGCAACUUCCUCGAUGCGGUUGCCUCGCGCAAGCACGAGGACCUGAAUGCCGACAUCGAAGAGGGUCAUCUCUCCAGUGCUCUUUGCCACUUGGGCAAUAAUUCGUUCCUGCUGGGUGAAGAAAUGAGCACCGAUGCCGCCAACGAGCGACUUGGCAGCAACGAAGAGGUCCAGGACAGCUUCACUCGCUUCAAAGAUCACCUGGCCAACAACAGCGUUGAUCUUUCGGUCGAGAAGCUGCAGUUGGGUCCUCAGUUGAUGAUCGACACCGCGAACGAAGAGUUCAUCAACAACGGCGAUGCCAGCGCGAUGCUGACCCGCAACUACCGCAAGCCGUUUGUGGUGCCCAGCGAAAGCGACAUCUAA